UUUAUAAUUGUAUAAUUUGUACUUUAAAAUUUAUUUUUGUUAUUGCAUAUUCCACUAGAGUUUCAAAGAAACCUUAAUUUUUUUAGUUACUAUGCACUGUACUAAUCUUUAUUUGUCUCAACAAACUAAUGUAGAUUUAACAUACAUUUACCAUCUGCAAAAUCAAAGUUACCUACCUACCUAAAAGGACAAAAUUGAGGUUAAUAACAAAAUAAAAUAAUGGUACUUACUUUGACAGUGCCAGUUGACACUGACAAUUGAAAGAGUAGUCUAUGUGAAGGCUCCAGUACACACAGUGGCCGGUGGCGAUGAUAUGCCAUUCUUGGCAAUGUACUUACCACUGUAAGAUUAUGAUCACAAUGGCUAUUGGGUCAUUGCUACCUGGCUAACCCUUCCUCUUUCUUUCUUUCAUUCAUAUAACAAGUUAUAUAUUUUUUUACAGUAAAUCACCUGUGCAGUCGCCGCCGCCGCCGCCGCAGCUGCCCGGGUGAGUACAAAGUACCUUAACACUUCAUUUCUCACAUCCACAUGUUUGGACGACAAACAAUUUCACAAUCACGCAGCAAAUUGCUGGCUAACCACUUGCGAUAUAUGGUUUUACAGGGCCAUGCCACCGACGACGCCGCCGGUGGUGCCGCCGCCGGUGAUGCCGCCGCCGGUGGUGCCACCGCCGCCGGGUAGGGAGCCAGCAACGGCGCCGCCGGUGGUGCCGCCGCCGCCCCAGCCCCAACCGCACAGAUACCGGUAUUUUUCGGUGCCCGCACCGGCGCCGUACCCGGCCUGGCCUCUGCCGCCAUUUGCGGUGCCGCUGCCGGCGCCGUAUGCGCCGUGGCCGACGGAGGUGGCGCCGCCGUUCGCGGCUAGCUACCCGGGUCCGCCUGCGCCGCAGCCGGUACAUCCGCCGCAGCCGCCGCAGCCGGCAGCCGCACCUAUCCACAUUUGUUUUGUGGAGAGCCCUCGGUGGUGGCAGGGGCCGCCCUCGUCGCGUGGUCGGGGGCGCGGCGGGCGCCAUGGCCGCGGGAGCGGGAAAUUUAUUAAAGUAAACCCACCGAUUUUGAUUAUUUUGAUUAUAAAUAAAUAUUAUAAAUUAACCAUAGGCAUCCCGUAUGCUUGUUUUAUUGUUGAAGUAGACCAUAUACACCCAAUGUUUCAAUAUGUCACCAUCCGUUCUUCCUGCAAUGACCUCUAG